AGAGGAUUGUGGAGAGCUAGCUGAUAGAGGUCAUCAAGACAGCACAGAGGUAGCUAACUGGCAUUUAAUAACACUCUUUUUUUCCAAAUUCCUGUGUAAAUUCGUGUGUGUUUCCUGCUUUUGAUAAAAGGUAGUAUAUACAGUGUUCCACGAUCUGAACGAUACUACCAAGGUAUGGGAGGCGAUCACGGCCACGGGAAAGUACAUCUGCCGGACUACAGGCAGUGGAAGGUGGAGGGGACCCCGCUGGAGUUCACGCAGCAGCGGCUCGCUCGCAGGGGACUGAAGGACCCCUGGGGCCGGAAUGAGGCCUGGCGCUACAUGGGUGCCUUCAGCAAGCCUGUCACCUUCAAAGACGUGCUCCUGCGGGGCUUCAGAUACGGAUUCGCUGCGUUUGUGGUGGCGCUUGGUGUGGAGUACGCUCUGUUUCCCCCGAAGAAGUCCGAGCACUGAAAUACUGCACAGAAAUGGCAGGCCUCCUCUCGGACCUGACUCCCAGGCCUGUUUGACCAUCGUAUGGAUUCCUGUAGCCUUUCCCCUGUAACUCCAUCCUCUGCUGAUGUGUGAAGAGGCUAGAACACCUUGUGUUGCAUCUAAAUCACAGUCUAAAUUGUUUGUUGUCUUUCAAUAAUAAAUAUGACUCAAGUAA